AUGGCUCAUAAUUCAUGCUGGAGACAUAUACCGAAAAGGUUUAACUCGCAAUACACUUCUCCUCCAAUUUCCCCCUUUUCCUAUAUCCACGUCGAUGCGCUCUCCGAUAAUAGAAAAGAAGUAAUAGCAAAACAUCUAAAGGAGUUGGGUCCAUUCCCCACAUAUUCCAAUAUACUCAAUCUGCAACAUUUCUACCAAAACACAGUUCUACUAGACUAUUUGAAAAAAAAACCACAUCCAAUAUCAUUGAGACAACUAGCUGGUUAUGGGAAUGUUUUGACAAAACAAAAAAUCGUAAGUAGUGCAAACUUUGUACGUAUCGAAUUACCAAUUCGUUUAGCAAUGAGAAUUCGAGAUUUGCAAACUUUACCAUUUGGAGUUGUCAACAAUUAUCACUUGGCCCAGGUUUAUGAAAGCUACUACCAUCUGUUUGAUGCCUUUCGCAAAAUACCUCAGAUCCAUACAAUUGAAGAAAACGAGAGAUUUUGUAAAACCUUAUCUACGCUUUUGGAUGAUCAUUUGUUUAAUUUGUCGCAUCUUAUGAUGGGUGCACUUGAAGUGUCAAUUGCUGAAACUUUACCACAACGAGAGUUGGACACAUUUAUGAGUUCGAUGCUAAGGUCAAGAAUUAGUAGGAGAGUCAUUGUUGAAGAGCAUUUGUCAUUGAGUGAAAAUUAUCAGAAAAAUCCCUAUGCUAAAAAGCCGCCACAUUAUCUUGGAGAAAUCUUUCAAAAUUGUAGAGCCGUUGAUCAUUUUAAUCAAGUUAGUGAAAUGGCUAAAGAGUCAAUGAGUCAGUCAUUUCCCGAGAUAAAACAAAUGCCAAAUUUGGAAUUUGAAGGUAACUUAAACUGCCUGUUUCAAUUCAUGGUACCUCAUCUACAUUACAUACUUUAUGAAAUAAUUCGAAACUCUUUUGAGGCUACUAUUGAAACACAUGCAAAGAAGGGACAAGUGCAGCAAUCACUACCACCUGUCAAGGUAACUAUCGUGGAUCUGAAAAAAGAAGUAUUAUUUAGAAUAUCGGAUCAAGGAGGCGGUAUAAACCGUGAAAAAUUAAAACUCAUUUGGUCAUUUGGCAAGAGUCCAGAAUUGGCUAGAAAAAGUUUGGCGAAUUUCCACAAAAUUUCGGGAUUGCCAUUGAAUUCUAGAAUCAAUCCUGCUACAAUGCCUAGUUCAGAGAAGCAAAAUGUAGGUCAUAUGACCUCCUCCUCCUCCUCCUCCUCCUCCUCCUCAUUAUCAUCAUCAUCCGCCGCCUCAUGGGGUACUCACAAACACUCUACACUACAACGGUUAAUGGACAGAGAGUAUGAACAUAAACUAGGCAUGGGACUACCAUUAUCAUCAGUCUAUGCUGAUUACUGGAACGGAAAUUUACAAAUGAAUUCAAUAGAGGGAUAUGGAUGCGAUACUGCUUUAACAUUGAGUAAAUUAGGAUACCAUACUAACGUUGUACAGCUUGAUAGGGCAUAG